AUGCACCGUCAGCAGGGCGCCUGGUGGUACGUGAAUGUCUUCAACGACGUGGUAGAAGGUGAACGGUCCGGUCAGCGGUGGGAGCACCUGCUCCAUCUCCCGUUCGACUGCAAUUCGGCCGCCAAGACGGAUGGCCGUGGACCCGGCAGGGGCUCUUUUGAACGCAGGCACGAAGGGGGGCUCGUAGUCGGUGGAGAAGAGGCUUCGAAGAUUGGCCUCUUUCAGGAGGGGCAGAUAGUUGAGACGGGCCAAGUUGAAGCUGAACGUGGAACAGAGAAGGGCAAUUGA